AAAACCCAAUAAAACAAUCUCGCGUCGUUUUCGCGUUCUUUUUUCCUUUCCUUUCUCAACUCUCCCACAUACACCUGAAUCCAACCCCAAUAAACUUUUUUUUCCUCCACUUUCCAUUAUGGAAGCUGAUCCUAUGAAUCUAGCAACUCUCAUUGAUGAAUUGAUUCAAGAACAGGACGACAUUACUGCAAUCAAUGAAAUUUUGGUUACUUGUGCUGAAGCGGAUCUCGAUCUAAAGUAUUGUCAAGAGUUGGUCCAGCGGUUACUGGUCUUUGCUACAAAGCUCGAAAAGACCAUCAAACACGCCGACUUUGGCAACACGUUGGAGCAGACGUUUACAAGAAUCGCCACCAAAGCGCCGAAUAGGGGUGUUCAACGGCUUUGUAAAGAACUCAAGAGAAUCCUCAAAGAAUUGUUGCACGUGGACCCGAUCGAGGAUCCUAAUAAAACCUAUCGAAUCACAUCUCUGUCCGACACUGUUAUUCCAAGCAGCAAAUUAAUUCAUCUUAUAGCCAUCGUGUGGGGUGCUCAACAGCGCUUGUUGUUGAUAGACCCAAACUACACCAGAUUGGCCCACCCUGCCGUUUGGUCGUACACAUCCGCCGUGCUUGAAGCUGCCUGCCAUGCCAAAGACCGCCUAGCCCAAACAUAUAUACUUCAGACGACUUCAAUCUACUGGCAGUGCUUUGCAAAAAAACUAGCUGCCCCUGGAGAUCCCACAUCAAGUCAACACAUAUGUGAUCUGCUCGAGGGGGUGAAACAGACGUUGCAAUUGCAAUCGUCGUUUGAAGAGGAAAUGAUGGACAACUUUGCGAAAAGUAUCAGGUCGUGGUUGAAAAUGUUCACACCUUCCAAAUUAUCAUGCCUCUAUGACAUUGCUGAAUUGCUCGAGGAAAUAUGCAUGUACCCUUCGGCGCAAACACUACAUAGCCUCAUUGACAUCAUCCUGCUCGUUUCAAAUCUCUUGUUCGACAAUAAUGUACCCUUGUCUUGCUUCCAGAAUUACACUUCCGCUUUGGGAAAGGCUCGAAAACUGACGCCGUUCCACCAAGCCAUUGUCAUGAAAUACGACGCGUUGUUCAACAAAGAAGAAGACCAAUCUCUAUCGACAUCAUUACGAAAGCGAAUUCGACUACAAAGUGCUGAUGACAUGGACGUUUGCGAAGGCAGCCAGUAAGAACUUACUUUGAAAAACGAUAAAAGAAAUUGCGAAAGAGUUGCUUUGAGUAUGUGGAACUAUGUU